AUGUUAACGUACCGGUACCCCACAGAUGAAGAUCUCAUCAAGCAUGGAUUAGAAGAAGAUAAGGUAGGUGAGGAUGAAGAUUUGGGGAAGAGCGGUGGAAUGUGUAGUGAGGAUAUGUGGAUUGAUGAUUUUGAGAUAGGUAAUAAGAAGGAUAAUAUUACGAUUAUCUAUACGCCAUGGUCGAAUUUGAAGAAGGAUGGGAGCAUGGCGGUUGGACAAGUUAGUUUUAAGAAUCAGAAAACGGUUAAGAGGAUUAUGGUUACUGCGAGGGAAAAUCCAAUCGUCAACCGUUUGAACAAGACCAAGGUUGAAAAGUUCCCAGAUUUGGCAAUGGAGAAGGAAGAGAAGUUGAAAGCUGCGAGAAAGAAGGAUCAAGCUGCUCUGUUGGAACGGAGGAAACAAGAGGCGAGACAGGCUCAGGAGUAUAAGGAAAAGAAGUGGCAGAAGGAUCAUGCAUAUGAUGAUUUAUUUGUUCAGGAUGAUGAUGAAGAGGCAAAUAAUCAAGAUAGAGGAGAGGAUUUCUUGGAUGAUUUCAUGUAG